CCCAUGUAAAAUGCAGAAUCAUCUCAGAGUCCUCACUUGUCUGCUAUACGCUUACUAGAUGCCUCUAGGAUGCUUUGCCUCUAAGGCACUUCAGCAAGGAUGUUGGUUUUUCAUUUAGCUGUAAUCAUCCAUCUUUUCCUUCAGCUGAAUGCAUCUGUUUGCCCUAAGAAAUGCGAGUGUAUUCUGAAAGAUGCCAUCCGUUGCUCUGGUUCCGGUAUCAAAGACCUAGCAUCAUUAGGUCUGCCUACCAACAUGACACAAAUUCUGAUAACAAGUACUAAAGCAACAGAGUUGAAGGACAAAGUCUUUUCCGGAAUGACAGUGCUACAGCGUCUCAUUCUGUCUUCAAACCAGCUUUCCCUAAUUUUGCCAGGAGCUUUUAAAGGCUUAGUAAAGCUGAAGACCCUCAAACUGUUUGACAACAAGUUAACUCAGCUUCCCACAGGAGUGUUCGAUGAAAUGGUGGACCUUCAGCAGUUGAUCCUUGAAAAGAAUUUGCUGAAAGAUGUUGAGCACAGCCUGUUUGACAAACUAGUCAAUUUGCAGGAGCUGUUUUUGAACAAAAACCAUCUGACAGAGCUUCCUGAUGGAGUACUAAGAAACCUCGCCAAGCUUAAACUACUGAACUUAUCCAGAAACUAUUUGGCAUCCUUGCCUAGAAAUAUCUUUAGCACAUUAACCAAACUUGAGAACCUCACUCUGUAUAUGAACAGGCUCAGUUCAAUAGACUCUGGUGUGUUUGAUAACCUGAGAGAGCUGCAGGAGCUUCUUCUGCAUUCAAAUGACAUUCAGUCCAUUGCCCCGGGUGCAUUUCGCAAUCUCCUUAAACUAAAUAGCUUAACGCUCUCUCAAAAUAAACUGCAGUUGUUACCUCAUAUACCAUCAUAUGAACCUCAUGGGCUCUUUCUGCAUUUGCACAAUUUGACUAAAUUGACCUUGUAUGGGAAUCCACUGGGAUCCCUUCCAGAAAUAUUGUUUGGAGAAAUUAGGACUCUCCAGAGUCUGUGGGUAUAUGACACCAAACUCUCAACUGUGCCAGAUUUUGUGUUUGGUAAUUUGACAGAUUUAGAGUUACUUGUCCUGACUUUCAGUCCUGAGUUAAGUGUUCUCCCAAGGAACGUGUUCAGUGGUCUCCAUGAACUUCGCCGUUUGUCUUUGCAUACAAAUAAUCUCUCUACUCUCCCGGAUGGCAUCUUCCAGGGUCUGCAGAAACUUCAGGAGAUUUCCCUUUUCAAUAACAGGAUUGAGGUUCUUCCUAAAAACCUCUUUUAUAAUCUCAAUAAUCUCCAGGCAAUUUACCUAAAUUGUACCAGCCUGCAGUCUCUUCCUGGAGACUUCUUUGCGUCAUUACCCAAGCUGCAAGAGGUCGUGCUUGACAACAAUCCUUGGAAAUGUGAUUGUCAAAUUGCUGAAUUCAGAGAGUGGCUCCAGAGGAAUUUAGACAUAGUAAAAAAUGUCACUUUCCUGACUUGUGACAGUCCCAUAGCAUUAAGGAAUAUUCCUCUCUUGUCUCUACCAGAUGAUCAUUUUCACUGCCCCUCUGCCACAGCCCUUUCACACCACACACCGGAGAGCUCCACUUGUUCCCACAUGUCAUCUGUUCUUGUUACUGGACACUUGCCUUUCACUUGGAAGACCUCCACAGCUCCUGUGCCCGUGAAACAUACGAACAGCCCUUUGCUGCCUCCGUCUGCAACUCCAUAUUUUAUUGACUCCAUCACUGGAGAUGUUGAGCCAUCUGAAUUUCUCCCUACAGAAAUUCCAACCCAACUUCCCACUGGCAUAAGGAGAGAAAUCAACAGAGUAAGAGAAAUUGUCUCAACCAUUGCCGCACCGCUCAGUGGAUCUCAAGACUGUCUCAGUGCGUGGCCAUUUUUUAAAUGUAACAUUCCAUAUAGUCAAAUAUUUUUGUAUCUCUAUGUUUUCACUGUAACAAUCCAAGUUUUAACUGUUGUGACCACUUUCUACAUGAUGUAUGAAGUCAGACAGCUUGUGCACUGCAGCAAUAGCCCUGCUCAAUCCAUUGUACUGGUGAGAAUUUACAUGGGGUUAGGAAUGCAGAUUAGGAGCUCAGCAGUAAUGUAACAUAGAGAUUAGUUGCAUUACUGGACACAGGCCUCAUAUUUUGGACAUUACAGAUCUUGCAUAGCGAGCACUGUAAACAGGAGACUGUGUGUGUUUCUCAGCUGCACAGCAUUGCAUAUUGAAAAUGUACUUUAUCUACUGUGUAUUUUAUAGCAUGUGCCUACAAUAACAACCCCAGCUUCAGCCAGUUCUCUAGCUUUUGAAGUGCCCACAAACUAGUUGUAGAGGUUGUGUAUAGAGUUUUUGGCCAUCAUGCUUAACUACUAAUGCUGCUGUAGAGAGUCAGACUAACGUAAUCGUAAGAAAUUUUCAAUUUGCGCAUUUUGAGUAGCUUUUGGUUUCAGCUGUUUGGAGGAUAAUUCUGUACCCUCAAUUAUGUGUAUUGUUUUGUUGUUUUUAAAAGAGAGGCUUCAGCUCAAACAGAAGCAGAAGCUAUAGGCUUGAAGCAGGAAUGGCUGGGUGAGGUUCUUGACCUGUGUGAUGCAGACGUGCUGGAAGUUGGGUGAUGGGGAUGCAGCAGCACCUCAUGGUUUGCAGAAA